AAUCGGACGUGCAAGAGAGAUCCCAAUCCCAAUACCGAUCUUCAGGCAUCUCAGAUCGCGAGACAUCCUACGCAAUGACACGCACUCUGGCCUUGGUCAGCCUUAUACUGUUGAAUGGCUUCCUCUCAGUCCUGGCCUGGAAGCCCAUUGCUGUUAGUUCCAGCAGCGGCAGCACUGCCGCCUACAGCUUGAAGCAAUCCCAUCCGGGGGAAGCCAGCAGCAGUCACGAGAUCUCCACCAGUUUUUCUCAGUUUAGCGGUGACAAAGAGGCCACCUCCGAGGUUGAGGAUGAGCUCCUGCUGGCCCGUGCCGGCGGCACAGCAGCGGCAGCCCAACCCAUCACAUUCAGUGAUCAUGUGGACGAUCAGUACGAAUCCUAUAGCUUAGAGGAUAUUGAGGCUACUCCAAAGGAGCCGCUGACCUUCACGCGAACACCGCUUUAUGGCUCCAAUCGAUGCAGUGUCAAGAAGUUUGCCUUUAACCAAGAUGGCGAGGUGGAGUACAACAAUCCAUUGCCGGAGUUGGAGCAGUUUACACUCUGCUUCUGGAUGCGUUUUACCAAUCACAGCGGCGACCAUGUCCUCCUGACCUACGAGGCUGGCAAGGAACCCCGCGAAAUACAAAUCUGGGUCGCCAAUGCGCAGAAUUCCAGUUUCCUUUCGAUGGCCAUAAAGGGGCAGCAAAUGUUCAGAUUGAACUAUCCGCUGAAAAUGCGACAGUGGCAUCAUAUGUGCAGCUCUUGGAAUGGCAAGACGGGCGAGUGGCAGGCCUGGCUAAAGGCGGAGCGCAUAGGGCGUGGAUUUCACAAUUCGCUCGUGGGUCACAAGAUACCCGCUAAUGGCAAGCUUCGCUCUGGCGGUAAUUCUGUCACCGGAGAGGUCAGCCAUGGCCUGCACUUUGAGAUGACUCUGGUCCAGGUCUAUAGGGUGGCUCUCAGUGCGGGCAAGGCGCAUCGCGAUCAUAAGCAUCAUCAUGUCCAUCACUUUGAUCACGAGGGACUGGAGGUUUCCAGCACCACCAGAGCGCCGCCAACGAUCAAUCGACCCCAGCCCAUGCACACUCUACUAGCCAGUGGUCAGAUACCCACCCGAGUGCGCAUCAACCUGGCAAAUCCGCCACCAAGUGGAGCCCCACCAAGUGGAGCCCCUGCUGGUGGUGCUCCUGCUUCACCAGGCGAUGCCAUCACCAUCAACACCAACUUUGUCAAUGGCCAAAUCAAUGCCGGCUCUCGCCUGGUAGCCCAGCAGCUUCUAGGCCUGGCCCCAUCUCAGGCUAAUGCUAACCCUGGACGGAAUCGCUUCCAAAUGCUGAGCAACUCGGCCAAUGUGCAGUUCAUCGAUGAAACCGAGACUCACAUACAGUUCAAAAGGGAGGCAGACCACAAGAAACUAAAGAAGCGCGGCUUAGUCCUGCUGGAGGAUGGCUCCGUGGUGGACGAUGGCUCCGGAACUGGAACAACAGGAACCGCCAGUGAAAUAUACAAUGGCCUGGCGGACUUUGGUGGACAGCAGUUCAAGCAGGAUCUGACGCUCAAGAUGAGCCUGGAGGAGGAGAUCAGUACGCAUGAUCGGGAGCCCGCCGAGGAGGAGGUCAAAGCGGUGAUGGGCAUUUGUGGUAGCUGUCACCCAGAGCCCUUCCAGGGAGCCAUUGUGUUUGCCUGGAAGGAUGUCCAGGAGCAUAUGAAUAAUGCGCUCAAGGGGCUGACAGUGGGUCCCUGUGGUAACUUCUAGAUGUACUCCAGUUUAGGUUUUCCUUCUCCUAAUCCUAAUCCUUAUUUUUUUUUUUAACCCGCUUUAAGUCCUCCUCGUCUCCCUCUCUCUCUCUCUGCCUGUCCAUGUGGGAGUCAAUGCUUUUAAUCCUUGACUCGCCCAUGGACACAA